AUGGAGGAGCGGCGUUUGCGUUGCUCUAGUGCUACUUGUGUAAAUCUGUCGGUGCCAACCGGACGUAAGAAACCGCAGUGCAGCAAAGUGUGGAAAGUUUGGCAAUGCUCACAGUUUCAUACCUGGCAAAUUAUGGCGACUGUGGUUCCUCACGCGCACGGGGACGCCUGUUGUGAAGGCAAACACCGUGCGAUUAUUACACCCGCAAUGAAGAAGUACAUUGGCGAUAUGGAUGAAACGGGGCUCGCGCCCAGGCACAUUUGA